AUGGUGUUUCCCUUGGUGAAUCUUUGUGCCAAGGAGGUGGUGAGUGAUCACAGUUCCUCUCUGGGCUGGCUUGAUUGUGUACCCAGGGAACUGUAUAGACCUCUUCUGGAGGCUGCCUUCACCAACUGCCGCCUGCUGGCUGUCGGGGAAUUGGUGCAGCGAUGGCCGGAGCGAACUCUGCGGGUUGGCGGCCGAAGGAGGAAGGGACAAAGUCCCCCAAAUCGCCUCUGUGUCCAGGCUCUCCUGCUCGCGGUGGUCAGAGGAUUGUCGGACAAAAGGUGUGCUCUCCAGGUGUUAGACCUAUGUGGGCUGCAGUGUGAGGAGGGAGGAGUGGGAGACCCCAUGGGUGGUUGGUCCCUGACCGUGGCUCUCUGUACCAUGGUUGUACAGGCCAGGGCUGGAGCUCAUAGGGCCCUCAGGAGAGAGGGGGAACGGGAAAGGAAGAGAGUGGUGGUGUGUGUGAGGGCCGACCUCCUUGUGAACGCCCGCUCCUGGGAGCGUGUAGGCGCAGCCCUGGGCACGACCGGCCCCCUUAAGUUACAGUGCAGGUACGUCCGCGUGGAGGAGCUCUCAGCCUCCAGCAUCGGAUCUCUGCUGGACCUCCUACCCCGUCAUGGCCUCCUUGGGGUGGACAUCAGUUACAGCUGCCUUGGGGUGGCUGGUCUAGUUCUCCUCCUCCCUCAGCUCUCUAUGUUCCCCCUGCUGAGCUCGCUGUGCCUGCACUACUGCAACCUGGACAUCUGCAGGGACAUGCCUGGCCAGGAGGGGGCGCUAAGGGACAUGUCCCAGUGGCUGGGGCAGCUCGGUCAGCUGCGCCGCCUCAGCCUCACUGCCCUCCGGCUUCCUGGACACCUCCGCAUGCUGCUCAGCUCUCUCUCCCAGCCGCUGGAGGUGCUGGAGCUUCCCUACCUGAGCCUGACCCCGGCUGACCUCUCCUACCUGUCCUGCAGCCCGCACGCCUCCUCGCUGCAGCAGCUGGACCUGAGUGAGAACAGGCUGGAUGAGUCGGCCUUGCCCUCGGUGCGUCGCCUCCUCUCCCAGGCGUCCGGCUGCCUCAUGCACCUCUCCCUGAGUGGCUGCGGCAUCACUGACGGCCUGUUGGCGGCGCUGCUUCCAUCGCUCAGCUGCUGCCGGGGCCUGAAGAGCCUGGGCCUCGCUUUGAACCCGCUCUCUGUGGCCGGGCUCCUGGACCUGGUGAGGACGGUGGUCAGGAUGCCCUCCCUCAGGCAGCUGCGGUACCCUAACCCCCUGGAGGACUACCAGCCUGGGCUGCCCCCCAUGCCCUCAAGUGCCCAGCUGCUGGACUGGCCCUUGGAUGAGCUUGUGGAGGUCCACGAGGCCACCAGUCUCCAACUGGACAGGGUGGUGAUGGAGAGUGGCCGCUCAGACCUGUUCCUGACAUGCGACCUGCUCAACUACAACAAAGACUUGGUGGAGCAGUGAUGUCAUUGGAAGAAUGACCCCCUUCAUAUUUUAAAACCACACAACUGUACACGUGCCUGCCUACUGUACACGUGCCCGCCUUCAUGUUUUUUGUAUGUUCUGUUUAACUGUGAAUUAACCAAUGAUAUCAGGCCACACCUGGCCAUGAUUACAGACACCUGUGUGUGUGUCCUUUGACACUAUAUAGACUAGUGACCCGCAGCGUUUAUCGUUAUACCCUGAUGAAGACAGCUUGUCU